GUCUUGGAGUGGAUUGCGGGAAGCUCUUAUCGAUAGUGUUAGAGCGGUACCUAUGUACUACGAAGUACAGUUCCACCCUAAGCUAUCCUUGAUUCAAUUAAUAUUCUUCCACUUCAAUUAUCCACCCGCACUCCCAUCUCUAUCGCCAGUAAUACCUUCACAUCACUUCGCAAGACUUCUUAAGAAAUAUUGAUCCUAACAUAAUCCAACUCUACAACCGGCCGAUUAAUCGCCAUGGAUCUUGUCUCGAGCAUCCGCAAGACGGGCUCGCGCGGCGGGGUCAACUUCAAUUGGGAGGAUGUCGCCACUUCGAACCACCGCGAGAACUACCUCGGUCAUAGUCUGAAAGCCCCGGUCGGUCGUUGGGCGAAAGGCAAAGAUCUUACUUGGUACGCGAAAGCUGAUGCGUCGGAAGCAUCAUCUACAGAGACGGAGCAGGAAAGGGCGGCCCGGGAGCGAAAAGAAGAGCUCAAACGAAUUAAAGAAGCAGAAGAAGAUGCGCUAGCUCGUGCGUUAGGUUUGCCUGUUGCUCCCCGAAAGGUGACAGGUGCAAAUGCUAUAGAUGUAAGCAAAGGAAGAGGUGCGAUGGACAAUGGAGAUUCUGCUGCUACCCCGGCGGAUACUAAACGGUUACCCAACGACGCCCAGCAAACGUCCACAAAGCAACACGACUCUGGACGGCACCACCGGAGGAGACAUAGGAGCAGAAGCCGUAGUCGAGAGAGACAUCGGGACAGAUCGCCAAGGAGAAAAAGUGAACACCAUAGUCAUAGAUCAAGAGAUGAAAAGGAUGACAGACACGAUCAUCGGAGGCGAAGAAGUUAUAGUCUAGAGCGGGGGGACGAUAAACACAGAAUAUCUCACCGACGAGAACAUAUCCGCUCUCGGAGCCCCGGGGGGGUUGAGCAGAGGAGAGAUAGGAAAGAAAGUUUUAGGCCUAGAUCAAGAGAUAGACGGCCACGGCGAAAUGAAAGCCCCCAGCGACGUGAGAGAAGGAAUUCCCCAGGCGAUCACCAUCGAAAAUCAUAAAACGAACUACAUAAGCCAUAACUAUACCGUAUCAUUUUGCUCGACCGAAUGUUCAGUUGGCGAUUAAUGCUACAUAGUAAUGUUAAAGGUUAUCAUGACCUACUAGCUAGAUGGGUCUAGUUUGUUUAGGAGUUACUUAAUGAAGAUUAAUGAGGUGUCUUAUAUUUACGAGAUUAUUCUCGAGUUUACAAAGAACAGUCUUUACAAAGAAAUGUCUAGUAGGUACAUAUUGCCUAGGUACCUACCUACCUACGUAUUAUGUGUUUGUAAACAGCCCAAGAACUGGUAGCACGGAGCUGACAUAGGAAGGAAGGACGUACCUGGAGCAUAUGGAAGCUAAAGCUGCAGGAGGUUUCCAAUGUUUACAGAUGUAACUGGUUGUCCAGGUACAUGAACAUGCGGAGUUAAGUGGGGUUUACUACGGGUA